AUGGCCCCGCAGCGACUUAUACCCUCUUCAAAUGGAAUCUGGACAGAAGAAUCAUCGGAAGCCUUUUACAAAUCAUUCAAACCCUUACGCCGAAGAGUGGGAGAAAAUAACCAUCAUAUUCUUACACUCCCGGUAGAUUACCGACGGGAUCGGAGGACUACGAAUACAUUCAAAUAUACACUGAGCUAUGAGGAUGAAUUGCAGUUGGCAGAUCAUUUCGCUUUUCUGGCCGCUAUCACUGAAAAUAAUUCCAAAGGUGUAUCGGCAGCUGUGCAUGAAGAACAACGAGAACCACCUGGUAUAAUUAUCAGGCUUUCCGCCAAUGCAACCCCAGGGCCAACUGUUGUUGAAGGGCUAUCAGAUAUCCUGAGCAUCGUUCAGGCACUGGUAACCUUACCUCUACGCCUCUCACGAGUUCCUCUGAUGUGCUUGAAUUAUAGGAAAAAAUAGGGAGAUCUACACAGCAAUACUAUUUGACAAGAUUGUCAAAUUUAGCCAGCAGCGCAUUUACAGUCGCCUGAAAUGUUCGCAGUGGAAACCCGCUGGUGCUACUGUUAAUACGGAAAACAAACGAUUACAUCUGAGGAUUUAUGAACAGAUUUUGAAUCACAAGCUUCUCAUCUCGACUCGGAGAAAUAAAAAGGGCCUUGCGAAACUUCAGAAAGAGCUAAUUUCCCUUGCAUCUAGUCUCAGCGCUCUGGACGAUACUCCAGAAAAGGGUCAGUUUAACAGGCUGAAAGGGAUUCUGCGAGAGAUGUAUCAAGUUUCAAACCAUGGGGCCUCAAACUCUCUCGAAAAGCGUCUUGAUACUCUUGGAAUUUCGGGGGAAAUAUGUCAGGGUGCAGAGGUUCGACAAAUCGACAAGCUCAGUAAAUACUGGCUGAUAUGUCUUGAUCUGAUUCGAGUUAGCCGGCAGCCGACGACCCGGUUACUCUUCAAAAACUCCAAACUUGAGAAAGUGGAAGCUCCUAACUCGCGAAGACCGGCCGGAUCUGCAGUCGAUUGUCAAGUGCACUGCGAGGUUCAACUGGUGCUGUUCUACGAGUUCCAUGAAGUGGAUUUGACACCCAGAGCAAUCGGAUGUAGCAAAUCAGCUUGCUUCCUCUGUGAUCUCUUUUUAGGGCUCCAUGGAAAGUUCGGUGUCUCACACUCUCACAUGAGAUUCUAUCAAAAAUGGAUGAUUCCAGAGCCAGAGGAGUGUGAUUCGAGGUGGGGAAAUCCUAAGCAGGGAAAGUUCUUCAGGGGCAUUGUGAAAAGUAUGACCGAUGAACUCAAGAGGCUUGAGAAAAGAAAGGUUUACCCCAAUCCAUGGGCGGAGAGUAAAGCAAAUGUUUGGUAAGUGAGAGAGCAGUCCAGUCUCGCUUCAUCUGUUCUGAGUGUUAUCGUCGAGGAAGCGACUCCUUUGACACCCCCGAUCGGCCUCGAACGAAGAAGCAGUUCGUCCUCGUCAAGCACUAUUCGUGCGAGCAAUCAACAUGGAGAAGACACGAGAACAGAGAUGAACCCCCCUGCCGAAGCAAAAAGCCAAUCACGAAACUCUCUUAUUCAAAAGCCCAUCAAUGUUGCCAAUCAAAUUGAAGAGGUAAAGCCGGAAUUUGAUCAGCGGAAUACCUCGCCAAGAAUCUUAACACCACCCCAAACAUGUAAACCGUUGUCCCCUAGUAUCCCCUGUCAACAGCAUGAUGGCCCUUCAGAACCAGGACUUGAGGAAAUGAACCAAUCAUUAUCAGUAUCGAUGGGAACUGCUGCGGCGCAUGACUUAUCCAUUGGUAGCAACCUGGAUGAGAAAGAUGGUUGUUAUAUUGACCCUAGAGAGACAACUCGGCCCUUAAUAUCCGUAACACCAGCAGUCAAGUCGCCACUUCAUGAUAACGAGAUUGUCGAAAGGGACGAGGGGGAAGAACGCUCGGGAUCAUCAUCUGAAGAAAUGGUAUACUCAAUAAGCACCAUAUCAUCGGCUCAAGAUUCUCUCACACAACCGCCAAUUCUUGCCAACGAGCAUGUCGAAGAAGAAGCAAACGGCAAUCAAAACAGUGAAUCGGAAGAAAUGGACCCUCCAAGAGCUACCUUAACAAACCAAAUCCAGCCGAUACGAGAAUCUAGUCUAGUUACAAACCAGGACAAGAUUCCCUUCCCAGCGCUGAACAAAAUCCCUCCAUCUCAACUGUGGCAACAACUCAAUACUGCUAAGCAACAACAAAAGCAUAAAAAAGAGCGCCAUACAGCAUCCCAACCCUCAACCCCACCCAUCGAACCUUCUGAUCACCCGACUCAAAAUAGUAGCCGAAACAAAAUGAACGUUGAAAUUCCCAAAAGAUUGCAAAACCAAAAUUCAAGAUCCCCAUCCUUACUCCAUCCUUUUCCGAAAGCAGAAGAAAUAAAGCCCAAGGAGGAGGAACCGAAACGAAAACCCUCACACCAAAAAUCAACACACAACUCAAUCUCACCCCACCAAACCACCAACCAAAAGAUCCUACCUCGAAACCCACCACAAACCUCCUCUCAAAUUUUCACACACACCUCCCUCCCCCUCUCAUUCCCCAUCCUCCCCUCCACAAACACCUUCACCCUCCUCCUUACACCCCUUCACGAACCAAACAUCGAGUACCUCUUCGACCUCACAACGAUCUCAUACGGAACAAUCGAGAUUUCCGCCUCCAAAGUAAAGAAGACGCGGAGAUGUGUAUACGUGAACCAGAUGGGGACGGAAGAAGAAGUAUUCCUGCGUCCUGAUGGGGAUGAAAGGGUGUUGGAAUGGGGGAUUUCUUUUGGGAGGAGAGAUUGCAUGAGUUUGAAGGUUGUUAUCACAUGGAGUGAUGGCGGAGAGGGUGUGUUAGGGUGA